CUUUGCUCUUCCAGUCAAGACAGCAGCACCCACUUCUACAAGCUUGCAGACAACCGUAUCACGUGGGUAUUUUUCUUAUAGUGAAUGUUUCAUGCUUGGCAUGUCAAUUCUCACAAACUCCGGACAACGUGGUGAGAAUGAUCUGUCGUAGCACAGCCGGAAGAAAAAAAGACACAUAACAGCUGCAUUUGGAAUGGCACUUGAAAUUAUUUGGCAAUAUGGAAUUAUAACAUCGGUGGAGCGGACCAUACAAUAGAUUAUCUUAAUUUCCUUUGCAUAUUAUGGCUGGGAGCGAUGUGCGUGGUUGUCUGAACAACGGUAUCUGAAAAAGGAGGGGAAUAUUUGUUGGAUAGCGGAGUAGCGGAAGUCAAAAUCGAAGGGGAGAUGGAGUGAAGGUCUGGCUGAGACCCAACCGCGAGAGCUCCUGUUGCCAUCACCGGCGAUGUCUUGGGCAAAAUGCAUCACAUUUGCCCAGUAUCCUUCCUCAAAAAACGCCCUUAGCAGAGUACGAGCAAAGCAGGGUUUCUGCAAAUCUUUUUUUCUGAUCAAGGUAAUCUUCAGAAGCAAACAAUGACUUCUUCAGCAAAUCGGUGCUAAUGGAAUACGUUAAUCUGUAGUCAUCAGGAUUGCUUCGGUAAAUGCACUGAACGUCCGAGCGUUUUGUUGUUUUAGUCACCGUUGCUGUAUUGCUACAGAACAUAAGGAAUGUUGGGAUUCCAGAAAAGAAGAUUAUUUGGUGUUCUUUCAGCACCAGUUAUUGUAGCAGUUGUGUGCUGUGCACAGAGCGCCAAUGAACCUGGGAAUAUGUCUUUUGUCAAAGAGACAGUGGACAAACUGUUAAAGGGAUACGACAUUCGCCUUCGACCAGACUUUGGGGGGGCACCGGUUGCUGUUGGCAUGAGUAUAGAUGUGGCGAGUAUAGAUAUGGUAUCCGAAGUCAAUAUGGACUACACAUUGACCAUGUACUUCCAACAAUACUGGAGAGAUAAACGGCUGGCCUACGCAGGCAUACCAUUGAACCUAACACUCGACAACCGGGUGGCAGAUCAGCUGUGGGUCCCAGACACAUACUUCCUGAACGACAAGAAGUCCUUUGUGCAUGGUGUCACAGUGAAGAACCGGAUGAUCCGGCUCCACCCCGACGGCACGGUUCUCUACGGCCUGAGGAUCACCACGACAGCUGCCUGUAUGAUGGACCUGCGGAGAUACCCUCUGGAUGAACAGAACUGUACCCUGGAAAUUGAGAGUUAUGGCUACACGACAGAUGACAUUGAGUUUUACUGGAAAGGGGGAGAAGGCGCCGUGACUGGGGUGGCCAGAAUCGAGCUGCCUCAGUUUUCAAUUGUGGACUACAAGCUGGUCUCAAGAAACGUUGUCUUUUCCACAGGAGCCUACCCACGACUGUCUCUGAGUUUCAAACUGAAGAGAAACAUCGGAUACUUCAUUCUGCAGACGUACAUGCCCUCCAUUUUGAUCACCAUCUUAUCUUGGGUGUCAUUUUGGAUCAAUUACGACGCCUCAGCUGCACGUGUAGCAUUGGGUAUCACGACUGUGCUCACCAUGACAACCAUCAACACGCACUUGAGGGAAACGCUGCCCAAGAUCCCCUAUGUCAAAGCCAUCGACAUGUACCUGAUGGGCUGCUUCGUCUUUGUCUUCUUGGCCUUGCUGGAGUACGCCUUUGUCAACUACAUCUUCUUCGGGAGGGGCCCUCAGAUGCAGAAGAAGCUGGCGGAGAAAGCAGAGAAGGCCAACAACGACCGCAAUAAAUAUGACAGCAACAGGUCUGGUCUGGAAGGAGGCAAUUGCAAGCCGUCGUCCGUUAAACAGUCCAAUCAGGUUCAAGGUCAUCGGCACUCACGAGCGGUCGACGCCCACGGGAACAUCCUGCUAACGACCCUGGAGAUCCACAACGAGGUGGCGGGAAACGAGAUCACGACCUGCGUGACGGAGACCAGGAACUCGUCCUCGAUGGCGUUCGACAACUCAGGCAUCCAGUACAGGAAACAGAGCAUGCCCAGGGAGGCAGGGCGGCACAGCCUGGACAGGAACGCGCAGCUAAAGAAGACGCGCCUGCGCAGGAGGUCCUCGCAGCUCAAAAUCAAAAUUCCUGACUUGACGGACGUGAACGCCAUCGACAGAUGGUCGCGAAUUAUAUUCCCCGCCGCUUUCUCACUCUUCAAUUUAAUCUACUGGCUUUACUACGUGAACUAAGCUGCAAGAUGGGACCUUUUUGUGUAAAGACUGAUUCUAUAUAUGACACUAAGGACGUAAUUUUUCACCCUCUUUGUCAACAUUUUUAUACUCGCAAUCUUACUCAUAGUAGGAUUCCGGUGGAUUACAAACUUUCACACAAAAAUAAAUCUUUUUGUAAAGGACUGUUGAAUAAAUAGAUGCCCUCCGACAUCCAUAAUCAUGUGGACUGCAUGAAUAAUGUAACCAAAACCUUUCACUUCCACUAUAAUACCUAUAACCUGGUCAAUAUGAUAUAGACUUCAAUAACAAUAGCGUUACAUACUGAUGUUUUUAUUAUAAUAAAAUGAAAGCAUUAUUAUGUGAGGACUAUAGUAUUUAACAAAACAUUUCAAAAACUGAAUAUACAGAAGUGUGGGUUGGAAUAAAAUUUUGCUGAUUAUAUAAGUUGUAUGUCAUGUAAAACAACUUUUGCAGAGCUGAUGAUACGUAUGCAUAUAAACAUAAUCGGCUGUACAUAGCCAUGUUUUGAAAUGCUCUUGCUGUAUGCUUUCCAUUCAGUAUGAUUAGCACAUGUACAGUAUAAAUAUUUGCCUUUUGGUAAAGAUAUGAUUUUCAUGGGCAAACUAUUCUAAACUUUUAUUAUAAAGUGCUACUGUACAUGCUAUUUUGCUUUUUGUAUUUUUUACAGCACACUCCUUACCAUGAAGGGAUGGCAUUAAUUGUAACUUCAAUCACUUUGGCUAAGAUGAAAAUACUUUCGCUUUAAAAAACCUGUUUAACAAUAUCGAAGAAGCGAAAUAAUGUUCAGUUUCAUUGUUCUAUGAUGAUUACGUGAAGAUACAAGUACAAAUACAAACAUGUGAUAUAUGCUUUUAAUGGGUAUUGUAAAUUGUCUAAAAGAAACAACUUGUCUCAGGAUCUAAACGUCACCUUUUGGCAUUCUCGUCAUCUGCUUUCCCUUUUGUUAUCAUGAACCACAUUCAUUGUAAUUAGUUUGUAAGAUUAACAAGCAUAUACAGUACUGCACAUGAAUACUCCAUAGCGGAUUUUUGAUAUUGUGACAGCAUGAUAUUAGUCCAACUGUGACUUCUGAAACUGCUGUACAUGAGUGCUGUACAUAAAAUGGCAUAUUCUGGCAAACAGCCAUGCAUAAGAAUAUGUUUAUACACUUAAACGUUGCACUGUACACACACAGGCACAUACACACAAGCACAGGUACGCACACACACACACACACACACACACACACACUGGCAUGCACACACGUGUGCUGUUACAUUUGCUGGUCACAAGUUAAUGGUUUCAUUCAAAGAUUUGUUUUAUUGGUAGUUACUUAUUGUUGCUAUGAAUACUAUUCUUAUUACUUAUAUGUUGUAAAUACAUAACACAUUAGCCAAAUGUGUGAACAUUUCAUUUUCUAAACUGUGAAAACCAUGUUUCUGUUGUUGCAUAAACUUGGUGGUCUAUUUUAUUAGGUAUAUGUGGAUAUUUUUAAGUAUUUAUUUUACCAUUAUUAUCCUGAAAAUAAAGACAAUUAAGGGUAUGAAUUAAACUGAAAAAAUAGAAUAUGUCAGUUUAUGGACCAAAAAGAAAGGACUUGCAUUGUGUACAUUUUAUAUUAUUUGUUCCUUUUAUUUAUUUUCUUCCUUUGUUUAUUUUAUUUAUUUAUUUUGGGCAAAGGGGAUUUAGUGAAAUGUUUUUGUUGAACAUGUAUGAAUGACACGUAUCAACUGGAGCUUGCAUAAGCCAUUGGCGAUAUAAGCAGUUGCUUCAUGGCACAGUCAAAAGGUUCCUUUCCACAACUAUCUUGUGUUGGUAUUUGACUAACUGAAUUAGCAAUCCAAGCACCCUUACCCAUAUUAAAUUACACUGUGGGCAUCACUAGGUCAAUGGCCCCACUCUGUUCACAGAGCCUGUCUUAUUAUGUGUGCAUGUUCUGCAGGAAAAGUACAGCACAGCACAGUGUGGCCAAGGGAGGUUUAUCUGCUUUCAAUUAAAGACAUAAAUUGAUUCACGAGUCAAAGCUUUUUUUUUUUUUUUGUUUGGCCACCUUGUAUAGUAAAGAGCAAAAUGCAAAUUAAACUAUUAAAGUCACUGCUAAAAUAGUUUAUAACUACAUUCCAAAUACCGGUAUUGCAUAUUCUGUACCUGAGUUAUUAUCUUUCUUGAAAUUGCUUUAAACAUGCAACACCCUCAGAACAUUUCCUCAGGAUUCUAGUCCUUCUUAAAUGUGAACCUAAUGUGAUGGAACCAUGCAGUUUCCUCUAGCUGACUUGCAAAUUCGUUAAUGACGCACAGCUAUCUCAACAUGCUGUAGAAUUAGUUACCACUAGAUAUCAUGUUUUCAUCCUGCUGUUUUUUUAAAAGACAGAACUCAUUACAAGGCCAGCAAGCAGUUGCAAGAUUUAUUUUUACUUAAGAUGUGUUGUAUGGAUUUCUUUGUGCUUGUUAAUAAAAAUGGAUACCCUCACACA